AUGAAGCUCUCUUCUUUUAUCACACCUGUCUGCCUCUUGGGCGUAGCAGCAUCAGUCGAGAUGACUCAGUACUCCACAGGAUCUGGGGUCGAAGUCGGUUUUGAGUCCUUCGUCAAAGAGCUCUACGCCUCCGCGGAGGACCCGUCCGCUACAAGCACUUUUACCGAUUUCUUCACACCCAACGGGCAGCUCAUCGUUCUUGAGAACACCGCUACUGGCUCCGAAGAGAUUGUCGCGCUGAAGGAGGAGCUUCUCCCCGUAGCCGGCAACAAGCUUUGGAACCAUCUUCCUAACGUGACCACCGUUGAUUCAGAAACAACCGCCGAGAAGACAUACCAGGUGCUUGGUGUUAUCGAAACGAGAUACGACGGUGGAAACUGCUCUCAGGCCUAG